AUGAGGAUAUUCUUUACCUCAAACCGAUUUCGCUUUUUCAUCAUCUUCACUGCAUGCUUAUGCAUAUACUUUGCUAUUCUAAAGAAAAAAACUUAUAAAAGUAAAGAUAUUGUAAGUAUAUCUUCAAGGUUUGCGAUCCCAACCAGUAAGUACACCUCCAUAUUGGGUCCUAAACUCGAUAAGCUUCCUAAUCAAGGUGAUGCUAAGAAAUUAUUUCAACUAUGGAAGAAAGAACAUGGACGAGUCUAUCAUGAUCAAGAAGAGAUGGAAAAGAAAUUUGAAGUUUUUGUUUCAAAUGUGAAGUAUAUCGUGGAGGCCAAUGCAAAGAGAGACUCACCUCAUAGCGCUUUUUUUGGUCUAACCAACUUUGCUGAUUUGAGCUUCCCGGAAUUCAAAGAAACAUACUUGACCUUAAACGACGACGCCAUGGAUACUUUGAACGAUGACGUUGAUGACUCAACAUGUAGUAUUGAUCCACCAACAUCCUUGGACUGGAGGUUGAAAGAUGCUGUCACUCCUGUUAAGAAACAAGGCAAAUGUGGUUCUUGUUGGGCAUUCUCAACUGUAGGUGCCGUUGAAGGAAUAGUUGCAAUAAAGACAGGGAAGCUUAUUAGCCUUUCAGAGCAGGAGGUUCUAGAUUGCGAACCAGAUGGAAAUUGUAAGAGAGGACGUGUGUCCAAAGGAUUGAACUGGGUAAUAGAAAACAAAGGGAUUGCAACACAAGAUGAUUAUCCUUAUACUAAAAAGAAGGGUGAUUGCAAAUCCUCCAAGAUUGCAAAUAGUCCAAAUAGCAGCAUUACCUCAUAUAGUCGCGUGAAGAGAUCGGAGAUGGGAUUAUUGUGUGCAGUUGCUCAGCAGCCUCUUAGUGUUAGUAUUAAUUCAUCCACAGAAGGCUUUCACCUUUACAAUGGUGGAGUCUUUACAGGUGAAGAUUGUCCGUCUGAUUCUAAGAAUACAACUCACGCCGUGGUAAUAGUGGGUUAUGAUUCUAUAGACUGUGACGAAUAUUGGAUCGUGAAGAAUUCAUGGGGCACGCGUUGGGGAAAUCAGGGUUAUAUUUAUAUCAAAAGGAACACCGGCAAAAAGUAUGGAGUGUGUGCAAUCAAUGCAUGGGGUAGAUUAUUAGAAAAAAAUUAA